CUCGGAGGCAGCGAAUCCGUACCGAACCGGUGUUCAUUUGUUUUAUUUGUCGGUGUUAAUUUUCUGUUUUGCGUGAUACCUUCACUAAAUUUGUAAGAUGGCCAAACGACCAAAAAGCCAGAGCACCAAUAGGGACCAGUAUGCCAAAUUGGUAGAAGAGCUGGAGGAGCAACCUGACAUUGCCAAAGGAUUUGCCAAAUUCAACACCGAUCCAUUCUGGUCUAAUUUGGCGGAAGACCUAAAUAGCCUUGGCCCACCAACAAAAACUGCAGAAAAAUGGAAGCGUGUUUGGGGCGACUGGAAAUCCAACAUUAAAAAGAAGUUGGUUUCAAACCGCAAAGAGCAGCGAUCAACAGGAGGAGGACCGUGCAAGAUAAUCGAACUAUCCUCUUUGGAAGAGAGGGUAGUUGAUAUGGCAGGGCUAACGGCAGCUGUAGAAGGAAUCCCCGAUUCUGUUCCGUUUGGUGCUCCUCCGGAUGAAGACGAUGGUGGUGCGGUUAACGGCUCAAUGGCACGACGGAUGUCAACAAACCAACAAGACGAUAUGGAAGAAGGAACAGAUACCGAGACGCCCGCAAUUGCUACUUCAACACCACGCCGUCAGCCAAAACGUGCUGCUUCCAGCUUGCGCUUGCUGGACACGCAAGUCAAGCAACAAAAACAAUUCCACACUGAUAUGCUGGAUAUCUUACGCAACCAAUCCAAAAAAGUAGAUGACAUGGGAUACUAUUGCAAACAAAUCUCGAAGAGAUUGGCAGACCUGCAGGCUUUAAAAGUGGAGCAGCACAAGGAACAACAACGCCAUAACCUGGAAAUGGAGAAAAUAGCUCUGGAAAAGUUGAAGACUAAGCGGGAAAUCCUUGCUCUUCAAUUAGAUCGCCUGUGAUUAAUUCAUAACUAUUUUUCCAUCUGAUAUGACUUGAAAACCUCUCGAUUUAAGCAGAUUUUCUAAAA